AUGCAAAUUCUUUUCCAGCUGCCAAAGAACCUUUCCGUUUCUGACCUUCCAAAAAAUGCAUCAGUUGGCACAGAGUUCUCUAUUAAUGGCGUGGAGUAUACCAUUGACCUUGGGCCAGCCCCAGACGCAGGAGUUCUUAUAAAUGGAGUUCUUCAUAAAAUAGAUGCUUUAUACAUUGUUAGGCCAAAGUAAACAUACCGCAUAUUUCUUUUUGAGCACUCUCGCAGGCUGUCCUUUGUGGGGUUCUAGUUAGUGAAGUGCGCCCAGGCGCU